UCCCUAUAAAGCAAGGAAUAGUCGCGGCUUGCUCCAGCUUCACUAAGCUUGCUGCCAAAUCCUGCCAUUAGUAGCAAGCACCGAGCAUUAAGUUAAUCAAGUAGCGUGACGGCUAGCUAGCUGCUGGUCGGGGAGGUAGACGAAGAGAGGGUCGAUCGGAUGGAGGUGGGGCUGGCGGCGAGGUACUGGGGCGUGGGCGGGCGGCGGUGCGGGGCGUGCGGAGGCUCGCCGGCGGCGGUGCACUGCCGGACGUGCCCGGGCGGCGGCGCGUACCUGUGCGCGGGGUGCGACGCGGGGCACGCGGCGGCGGGGCACGAGAGGGUGUGGGUCUGCGAGGUGUGCGAGCGCGCGCCGGCCGCCGUCACGUGCCGCGCCGACGCGGCCGCGCUCUGCGCCGCCUGCGACGCCGACAUCCACGACGCCAACCCGCUGGCGCGACGGCACGAGCGCGUCCCCGUGCAGCCCAUCGGGGCGGCGGCCGCGCCGCACGCGGCGGACCCGAUGCUGUUCGUCGCCGCCGCCGCCGUGGGAGAGAAGGACGACGACGCCGCGGCCGCCGGGAUGCUUGGUGGUGCCGCCAAAGUCGACGCGAAGCAGCUGGAGUUCCUGUUCGCGGAGGUCAUGGACCCGUUCCUCGGUCAGGAGGAGUUCGCGAGGUUCCCGCACGCCGACAGCGUCGUGCCUAACAACGGAUCCAGCGGCGGCGCGUUAGACCUCGACUUCGGUGGCGGCGUCGCCGCCGGCGCCGCCAAGCCGUCCUACAGCUCCUACACGGCGGCGUCGGUCGCCCAUAGCGGCUCGUCGUCGGAGGUCGGCCUGGUCCCGGACGCGAUCUGCGGCCGCGGCGGGAGCGUGACCGGCGGCGUCAUCGAGCUCGACUUCGCGCAGUCCAAGGCGGCGUACCUGCCGUACGCCGCGACUCCUACCCACAGUGUGUCGUCUUUGAACGUGGGGGCGGUGCCGGAGCGCGGCGACGGCGGCGUCAUGGCCGGCAGGGUGGCCGUCGCGACGGCGGCCGGGGAGAGCCGGGAGGCGCGGCUGAUGCGGUACCGCGAGAAGCGGAAGAACAGGCGGUUCGAGAAGACGAUCCGCUACGCGUCCCGCAAGGCCUACGCCGAGUCGCGGCCGCGCGUCAAGGGCCGCUUCGCCAAGCGCGCCGACGACAACGACGCCGACGCCGCCGCAGCCGACGACUUCGUCACCAGCAGCACGGCCGCCGCGCCGCCGCCGCCGCAGCAGCAGCAGCCCGCCGCCUACCCUAGCUACGUGCUCAACUUCUCCCCCGCCGCCGCCGGCUACGGCGUCGUGCCCACCUUCUGAUGACGGCGUCGCAUGCCAUGUUUUUGAGCCGGCCGAUCACUCGAUUUGGGGGCGCCGGUGUAACAAUGCACGCGCUGUGUUCGACGUACGUGCGUGCCGUGCUCUGCAUGCGCGCGUAUUUGUUUGCUAGAACGGCAAGUUCUAGUUCUAGUAGGCGUGGUGCGGCACCGCCGCAUAGAAUUUUCUUCCUUGGUGAUCACCCGCUUUGGGCAGGCCUUGGUUAAACUAGCAGGCUAGUGUGUACUCCUACUUGUUUGCUGGAACGGCAAGGUUUCCAGUUCUGUAAUUUUGGAUCAUCAGGAAGAUGCACGCUUGGCAUCUGAUGAUCUCUUUGAAUGAUUCACUAUGCUAUACUUAUUCGGGAA